UCAGCGUACUUCAUCGCCAUGUCAACAAAAUUUGCCUGUUCCUUUGUUUUUUUGUUGCCAUCGUUGUUCCUUGCUGGCUGCGCCGAUGCAUCUGCAAUGCUGCCAGAACCAUGUGCACACCCAGAUGCAUCCAUUCAUAGUGAUGAUCCCGAGGUGGAAGUCUACUUCGGUUGUGGAUGCUUCUGGCACGUGCAGCACGAGUUCGUGGUUGAGGAGAUGACCAAGUUGUGUCGCACAGGCAGUGACCUGACUGCUCGAACUGCCUAUGCCGGCGGAACGCUCGGAACGCAGGGAGGCCUUGUGUGCUAUCACAACUCCAUGGGGAAGGCAGACUACGGACAGCUUGGCCACUCGGAAGUGGUUUCAAUGAACGUGCCCGUUUCGGCUUUUGGCAGCUUUGCCAAGAAGUUCUGGGAGCUGUGCCCCAAAGGAGUGAGGCGCGAUGUCCAGGACGUGGGAGGCGAGUACCGCUCCGUGGUUGGGCUCCCAGGUGGCAUCCAUUCCUCCCUGAUGCCGGAGCUGCGCGCUGCUGCGACGGCCAAAGUUCUUGAGGGCAAAGGCAACGACGCAGACACCUUGGGCACUGAUGCCGUCCUGGUCUACGACACCACGCAGUUCCCUGCUCAUGUGGCUGAGAAGUAUCAUCAGUUCCACGACGAUAUGUUGGAUCAGUACGGCGGCGCCUAUCACGCCCUGCGGCAGUUUGCGGACAAGACGCAGUGUCCGGGAGACCAGUCGUGGCCGUUUUUCAUCAGCUGAAUGCGCUGGUGGAUGGCCCCAAAGUGCUCCAGGCACUGAAACCAAUUGUGGGUCUGAACAUGGGCCAACAAAAACCAUUAGCUCCCUGUUAAACUUGCCAUUCUGGGGGUACAGACUGUUUCUGGACAUGCCUGGUGGUACAACAGUAAGUACCAACCGUAGCAUGUUGCUUUGGAAGCAACUGCCCUUAGCACUUGCAAUGUUGCAAGCGCACAGACUUUUCGGCCGCGGAAUGACCUUUCAACAGAUCUGCUGGCCUCGAAGAAA